CCUUAGCUAUAUAUACACAGCUCUUCCGCAGAACUCCCCAAUUUCCCACAAGAAUCUUGAAAGUUUCUACAUUCGCAACCAUGGUCAACGUUUCUAACCACUUCAACUACAAACCCAUUCCCGUUCCUACUUCUGCCGACCCCGCCAUGUUCAAGGACUUUGGCAGGCAGGUUGAAGGGUUCGAGCCUGAUAACGUCACUUCUGAGCAAAUGGAGGAAAUCAUGGACAUGCUUUAUAAGCACUCCAUUCUUUUGUUCAAGAACCUCAAGCUCUCUCCUAAGCAGCAGUUCGAAAUGACACACGCGUUCGACCCCGAAGCCAACGCCUAUGGUCAUGGUAACAACAAGACUGGCAAUACCAAGUCGUCCAUCUUGCAUCCCGACUUGAAAACUAUCCCUCAUCAGCCUCAGGUGCAGUUGAUUGGCAACGGCAAGGUCCCCAUGGUCUACGAAGGCCUCGAUCGUCCCCAACUCAAACAUCCCCAUCACAGAACAUUCCACAAGAGUAUAAUCUCUGAAGAGGACGACGCGAGUGGUGUGACCCGAUUCUAUCGAUGGCACAUUGAUGCAGCUCUUUACGGCCUCUCUCCUCCUAAAGUCACCACGCUUUAUGCUGUCAAAGUGCCCAAAGGACCUUAUCAGAUUUGUCGAUACGACGACGGCACAGGUGACGAGCUUAAGGUGCCUCUUGGUGGUACAGCUUUCGUGAGCGGGAAGAACAUGUUUGAUGUCCUCCCCGACGAAUUGAAGUCUCUUGCCGUUCGAACCAAUGUCGAGUACGCUCCUCACCCAUAUGUCUGGAUGUCUAAGGCCCACGCGCUUCCUACUGGUCUUGGACUUGAAUCGGAAGGUCUUGAAAUGCCUAUGGAGGAGUUGCCAGAGUGGGAGGAGAGCAAAGUCAAGAUCUUCCCAAUGUGCUGGAAGAACCCUGUCACUGGUGCAUUACACGUACAAGUGCACCCUUGCGGCGCUUACAAACUUCACAUAUCCCCUUCCGAAGGUGCUGCUCUUUAUCCCGAAGGUGGGGUCAUUGACGAUCUUAAGGCUGUCCGUGAGAUCCUCUACAAGAUCCAGCGACCGGGCAUCGCCCCCGGGUUGGUCUACUCCCAAGACUGGGAAGAAGGUGAUUUGGUUAUCUUCCAUAAUAGGGGGUUGCUUCACUCUGUUAUGGGCGCUUUCAAGCCGGAUCAGUUGAGGAUGUUCCACCAAUGUAAUCUUGCGGCGUCGUCUGAUCCCGUUGGACCGGAUGCGAAAGAUGUGAAUGUUUAUGCUUAGAAGACCGGCGGAAAUUUUGGGAUAUUGGUAAUUUGUAAUAAUCAUUUCGUUCUCAUGCGGACCGACCAUGUAUUUUAUUUCCCUAUCAAGAGUUUACCCGUAAUUCAUCCUUUUCUUAUCAAGAAUUAAUCCGAUGCCUGCUAGUUUACCCAUAAAGGUAUGACUGUAUUCUCUACUUCUAGUCUAGUUACCUCAUUCAGAUCGAGGCCGUCUCUAUCAUUCCUUUCAAAAAUCUUGAGGCCCCCACCAUCUCGGCCAAGUACUGCAACCCAUUUCCCACUCUCAUCGGCACCAACACCCCUUAAAUGCCGUCCGAUGCCUUCCAUCCAUCCCUUCUCUGUCCUCCGCACAUCCGCUCCAUCUGUGGAAGAUACUGAAAAGAGUGCCAGGGUAUCUGUCUCAAACACGGGGGAGUCGCGGUUGGAAGUUAUGAGAAGUAAUGGUCCUCCUGGGCGUGUGGGAGGAAGAAGAAUAAUUUCUGAAGCGCCGGUGGGGCGAGAUUCUGCUUUGUCACCUUCUGGGAGCAUGCUGAAUCUGUUAAUGAGCUGGGAGGGUCCAUCUUUUGGCAAAGUAUGAAUGCACCUGUCCAAAUUCCUCUUGUAUGUAUGAGGUAUGACUCACCUUCGGGAUGCACCACACAGUGCCUUGGUCCAUCUCCAUCUUCCAAUCCACUAAUCUCACCUACCACAUCGAAGCUCUUCCCAGUCCACUUCAACCUCCAUACUUUAUUGGACCCCAGAUCAGGGACCAGUAUUUCCUCUUCGUGCAAGACGAUCUGGUGGACAUGAGCGUGCUCUUGGCGAUGGUGUUUCAGAGGUGAAUGGGAGGGUGUAAAAAUAUGUUCUGAUAAAGGUGCUUGACGAGUGAACAGACCUUGUUCAUCGAGUGGAUGGAAAGUUACAGUUCCCGAAACGUACUGGGUGAGAUAAUAAGCCUUCGCGCAUCACUUUCAGUCCCAUUUCAUAAGAAGACUUACAUGAGCUAUAAACAUGCCUGACCCAUCGGGAAGAAUGUCUAAAUGGGUAGGGCCUUUCCCACCACUUGAGACUUCCGAAAGCAGUUCCAAACGCCCUUGGUCAUCCAACAGACGAUACACAAACAACUUGCCUUCCACCCACCCAUUCACGUAGACCAAGUCUUUCAAAUUUCUUCAAAAUUCAAGUCCGUCAGUCCUUCUUUCAAUAGCAGAGACCUGUGCUUACGAGUCAGGAUGUCUUGCAAGCCAGCUAGGCUGCUUGCUCGCUACUGUUGAUGCACCCCGAGUGAGUGUACGAGCCUCCGAGUUGAAAAUGACAGCAUGAAUAUGGGUAUCGUGGGUGCCUAAGAGGAGCAGAUGCUUGUUGGACGUCAUCUCGUCUGUGAUCCUUGGCCUAUUAUCGCCCUUGCAUACAAUAAGCGAUAUCCUUCUUUCAUGAGCAUCGCGAUC